GUCAUGGGGCAUUUCUCCACCAUAUUCAAUGGCCUGGCAAGAUCGUUUGCAGUUAAGAAGGGAAGGAGCAGUGGGGAUUGUGAUGGUAGAGAGACUGCAGAAGCCAUGGCAAAAGAGGCCAAAAAGAAGGACUUGAUACUGUGCUCAUCCGGCAUUGUAAAUGUCGACGGCUCGAAAAACUUUGCUUCAGUUUUCUCUAAGAGAGGGGAAAAAGGAGUGAACCAGGAUUGCUGCAUUGUUUGGGAGGAAUUUGGGUGCCAAAAUGACAUGAUCUUUUGUGGGAUAUUUGAUGGGCAUGGCCCAUGGGGACAUUAUGUGGCAAAAAGGGUCAGAGAGACAAUGCCACCCUCAUUGUUGUGCAAUUGGCAGGAGACUCUUGCUCAAGCUUCCCUAGAUCCAGGUCUUGACUUGGAAUCGGAUAAGAAGUCUCAUCGUUUUGACAUAUGGAAAAGUUCCUACUUGAAGACUUGUGCCGCCAUUGAUAACGAGCUUGGGCAACAUCGAAAGAUUGAUUCGUUCUACAGUGGGACCACUGCUUUGACUAUUGUCAGACAGGGGGAAUACAUCAUCAUAGCCAAUGUAGGUGACUCACGAGCUGUAUUAGCAACUACUUCUGAGGAUGGGAGCUUACUUCCUGUUCAGCUCACUGUUGAUUUUAAGCCCAACAUACCUCAGGAAGCCGAGCGGAUAAUACAAUGCAAUGGGAGGGUGUUCUGUCUACAUGAUGAACCAGGAGUGCACCGCGUAUGGCUGCCAGAUGAUGAAUCACCUGGACUUGCCAUGUCUAGAGCAUUUGGAGAUUACUGUGUGAAAGAUUUUGGACUUAUAUCCGUGCCUGAAGUGACACAGAGAAACAUAACCAGCAGAGACCAGUUUGUCGUGCUGGCGACUGAUGGGGUGUGGGAUGUUAUAUCCAAUCAAGAAGCAGUGGAAAUUGUAUCCGCAAUGCCAGACAGGACUAAGUCUGCUAAACGCUUGGUCGAGUGUGCUGUCCGAGCAUGGAAGCGGAAGAGGCGUGGAAUUGCAAUGGACGACAUAUCAGCCAUUUGUCUCUUCUUCCACUCUUCCCCUUUAUCUCAGCAAGUUCACCCCAUCAAGUCCCCGAAGUAAAUUCAUGUGAGGAACGGUUCAUCUAACGGGGAUCGUGAUCCCUGCUACAUUGAGGGAAAAAGUCUCAGAUCAUGCUUGCUUUCGUGCACCCGUGACGCAACCACGCAAGCACUGCUGUAAAUAUAAGCCGAGUGUCAUGAUAUUGGUACUUGUGCCGACAAUUUCCUCUGCAUAGGUUAGUGCUUGGACAAAGCCCUUAGGCUUCUUUGAGGAAAACAGUCACAUUUUUGCGGUGAAAUUCAUUUCUUUCGUGCUGCCGAUGGAAGUUAACCGUACCCCUUAAUGAGGUGGUGGUGGAACGUUGCAUCUGCA